AUGAGUUUGGCAGGAUCCACAAUUCAGGCAUAUCGCCAACGAAAAAUAGAAUCGCUGGCGAAGAUGUCCAACAUGUCGCAAGACGACGUGACAACUGGUUUGCGGACCGUCCAACAGGGUCUUGAAGCUCUUCGUGAGGAGCAUUCAACCAUUUCAAACACCUUGGAAACGAGUGUCAAAGGUGUAAAAGAUGAUGAAGCUCCGCUUCCAAAGCAGAAGCUUACCCAAAUUAACGAUAAUUUGGAUAAACUGCUGUGCGGAGUCGAUGAGACUUCUAUGAUGUUGAUGGUGUUCCAACUGACCCAGGGAAUGGAUGCUCAGCAUCAGAAGUACCAAGCACAAAGAAGACGUUUGUGCCAGGAGAAUGCGUGGCUUCGUGAUGAGUUGAGCUCAACUCAAAUCAAACUUCAAGCGUCGGAACAGAUGGUUGCUCAGCUGGAGGAGGAGAACAAGCAUCUCAAGUAUAUGGCUUCAAUCAAGCAGUUUGACGAUGGAGCUGUACCCGACACCAAGACUGUCGUAGAUUCUGGACCACAACCAGUCACUAGUGAAACACUUCAAGAACUUGGAUUUGGUCCUGAAGAUGAGGAAGAUCUGAACACUACUCAGUUCGCACAACCAACUCCAGCUCACUCGAUGGCUGCUUCUGCUGCUGUUGGAUACGAAAUUCCAGCUCGUCUCCGUACUCUUCACAAUCUUGUCAUUCAGUAUGCUUCUCAAGGAAGAUACGAAGUUGCUGUUCCAUUGUGUAAACAAGCUUUGGAAGAUCUUGAAAAGACGAGUGGACACGAUCAUCCAGAUGUUGCAACCAUGCUCAAUAUUUUGGCUCUCGUCUACAGAGACCAGAACAAGUACAAGGAGGCUGCAAAUCUUCUGAAUGAGGCUCUCAGUAUUCGUGAGAAAUGCCUAGGAGAGAGUCAUCCAGCUGUAGCUGCCACCCUCAAUAAUCUCGCAGUUUUGUUCGGAAAACGUGGAAAGUUCAAGGACGCUGAGCCACUUUGCAAGCGAGCCCUUGAAAUUCGUGAGAAAGUAUUUGGAGAUGAUCACCCAGAUGUGGCCAAGCAACUCAAUAAUCUUGCACUUCUUUGCCAGAAUCAAGGAAAAUAUGAAGAAGUGGAAAAGUAUUAUAAGAGAGCUCUAGAAAUCUAUGAGAGCAAACUAGGACCAGAUGAUCUUAAUGUGGCAAAGACCAAGAACAACUUGUCGUCAGCUUACCUGAAACAAGGAAAAUACAAGGAAGCAGAGGAUUUGUAUAAGCAGAUUCUGACUCGAGCUCACGAGAAAGAAUAUGGUCAAGUCAGUGGAGACAAUAAGACAAUUUGGCAAAUCGCAGAAGACCGUGAAGAGAAUAAGCACAAAGGAGAAGGUGCAACUGCUAAUGAGCAAGCUGGAUGGGCUAAGGCUGCUAAAGUGGACAACCCAACAGUGACCACAACUCUCAAAAAUCUAGGAGCUCUUUACCGUCGACAAGGGAAAUACGAAGCCGCUGAGACAUUGGAAGACGUUGCGUUGAGAGCCAAGAAGCAGUUCGCCGAAUCAAGGAAAAUGGAUCGAUCUGGCAUGUACUAA